GCCACUAGCGAACACGUCUUGUUGAACCACCGCUUCUAAAUUCUGUUCACUUGGCCACUUAGACAAACACUAAACUCUCUUUCCCUCAACCGCCCACGGCGACCGGCACUAUUAAUUAAACACCCCUUCCUCUUUCCCCUCCACCUCAGAACCACCACCGUCACUUCCGACCGCCACCUAUCACCACCUCUUUGUUGAUUUCACAAUCACUUCCACCGUUUACAUUUGCGUGGGACUUUUUUUCAUUCAUAUAUGGCGUCAACUGGUCAACCAGCAGCAUCGCUGAAGAAACGUGAUGCUCCAGCCACAAGAGAAGGAGAUCAACUUAUCAUUACCCCGUUAGGUGCUGGCAAUGAAGUGGGUCGAUCUUGUGUUUAUAUGUCAUACAAGGGGAAGACUGUAAUGUUCGACUGUGGUAUUCACCCUGCAUAUUCCGGCAUGGCUGCUUUACCUUACUUUGAUGAGAUUGAUCCUUCAACAAUUGACGUUCUUCUGGUUACACAUUUUCACUUGGAUCAUGCUGCAUCUCUUCCAUAUUUCUUGGAAAAGACAACAUUCAAAGGCAAAGUUUAUAUGACUCAUGCGACUAAAGCUAUCUACAGAUUACUUUUAUCUGAUUAUGUAAAAGUCAGCAAGGUUUCAGUUGAAGAUAUGUUGUUUGAUGAGCAAGAUAUUAUUCGCUCGAUGGACAGAAUUGAGGUUAUUGAUUUUCAUCAAACUUUAGAAGUAAAUGGAAUUCGUUUCUGGUGUUAUACUGCUGGCCACGUCCUUGGUGCAGCCAUGUUCAUGGUGGACAUUGCCGGAGUGAGAGUGCUUUAUACUGGUGACUAUUCCCGUGAAGAAGACAGACAUUUACGUUGUGCUGAGAUUCCCGAGUUCUCUCCCGAUAUAUGUAUAAUCGAAUCCACUUACGGUGUUCAGCUUCAUCAACCUAGACAUGUAAGAGAGAAACGCUUCACUGAUGUAAUCCACUCUACCGUCGCCCAAGGUGGUCGUGUUCUUAUUCCGGCAUUUGCUCUCGGUCGUGCCCAGGAGCUGCUAUUGAUUCUUGACGAGUAUUGGUCGAAUCACCCCGAACUUCACAACAUCCCCAUAUAUUAUGCUUCUCCUCUUGCCAAAAGAUGCAUGGCUGUCUAUCAAACCUACAUAAAUUCUAUGAAUGACAGGAUUCGCACCCAAUUUGCAAACUCAAACCCCUUUGACUUCAAGCAUAUAUCUCCAUUGAAGAGCAUCGAAAAUUUCGAUGAUGUGGGUCCGUCAGUAGUGAUGGCAAGCCCGGGUGGGCUUCAGAGCGGGCUGUCAAGACAGCUUUUUGACAAGUGGUGUACGGAUAAGAAAAACACAUGUGUCAUUCCUGGGUAUGUGGUUGAAGGGACAUUAGCCAAAACCAUCUUAAACGAACCGAAGGAAGUGACCCUCAUGAACGGUCUUGCCGCUCCUCUUAAUAUGCAGGUCCAUUACAUAUCCUUCUCUGCUCAUGCUGAUUUUUCUGAAACAAGUGCUUUCCUUAAAGAGCUUAUGCCUCCCAACAUAAUACUUGUUCAUGGAGAAGCUACUCAAAUGGGAAGGCUAAAGCAGAAUCUGAUCAGCAUGUUUUCUGACCAGAACACCAAAAUUAUGUCCCCUAAAAACUGCCAAUCUGUUGAAAUGUAUUUUAGUUCUGAAAAAAUGGCAAAAACCAUAGGAAGGCUUGCUGAGAAAACCCCAGAAUCUGGUGAAAUUGUGAGUGGUUUAUUGGUGAAGAAAGGUUUCACUUACCAGAUUAUGGCCCCGGAAGAUGUUCACGUAUUUUCUCAGCUAUGCACAGCGAAUGUUAACCAACGGAUUACCAUUCCUCACUCUGGUUCACUUCCUAUUUUGAAGCAUAGACUAAAACAGAUAUACGAGAGCGUUGAAUCUGGGGUUGAUGAAGAUUCUAGUAUUCCAACAUUAAGGGUUCAUGAUUCUGUUACUAUAAAACAGGAGUCAGAAAAGCACGUAUCCUUACAUUGGACAGCGGACCCAAUUAGUGAUAUGGUUUCAGAUUCGAUUGUUGCCAUGGUUCUGAAUAUGAGCAAAGAGAUGCCGAAGGUGGUGGUUGAAACAGAGUCCGAACAAACUGAAGAAGAAAAUCAGAAGAAGAUGGAGAAGGUAACGUAUGCACUUCUGGUAUCGUUGUUUGGAGAUGUGAAGUUAGGUGAAGAUGGAAGGUUGGUGAUUAGUGUUGAUAACAAUGUGGCUUAUCUUGAUAAACAGAGUGGUGAUGUUGAGAGUGAGAAUGAAGGGUUGAAGGAGAGAGUAAGAACAGCAUUUCGACGUAUUCAUAGUGCUGUUAAGCCAAUUCCUCUUCCUACUGCAUAGUCUUCUGACUACUAACUCUUUGAUAUUUAACUCUUAAUGUUGUUCUGGACAGUUUAAAUGUCCACUGUUGUACAUUUCUCUUAUUUUCUUUUCUUUCAAAAUUUCCUUUGUUCCUCUAGCCACCUUUUAUUUGUUUUAUAUGUAUUUAUUUUUAUAAAUGGAAAUCAAAUUAUGAUGUUUUUGGUGAAA